AUGGACAGCGACCAGCAAGACAAGAUCGCCCAGUUCAGCGCUGUCACAGGCGCGAACCCCAGUGCGGCGCAAACCGCUCUCAACGCUGCCAACUGGGACCUCGAACAAGCAGUCGGCCUUUACUUCGCCGCCAACGAAGAGCAUGAAGGCGAGGAAGACGACGAGGAAGACGCUGCACCAACGCCAGCAACCCAGCCCACAUCGGCACAGUCUGCACCAUCAAGCUCGAGUCGGACCACGCGCGGUGGAGGCAACGGAUCGAGGAUGCGGACAUUACGGGACUUGCAGAGUGGUGGAGAUGAGGACGAUGAGAAGGAUGAGAAUCAGGACAUGUUCGCAGGUGGCGAGAAGAGCGGUUUGGCGGUACAGAACCCGGGUGAGGGUAACCAGCCCAUCGACCACUUCCGCAACAUCAUGAACCAGGCUCGUCAGAACCGUGAUCGCCCUCCUGGCGAGGCUGAUGAGCAAGAGCAGCCUCGCAGCGCCAACUUCUCAGGCCGUGCGCAAACUCUGGGAGGCGACGAUGCACCCAGUAGAGUGGUUGAGGACCCGGAGGCAAGCAGGUCACAGCGCAGGACUCUGCCGCGCGUGACACGCACGCUGCACCUCUGGGCAGACGGAGUCAGUAUCGACGAUGGACCACUCCUGCGAUUUGACGAUCCAGCAAACCAGAACAUCAUGUCAGAGAUCAAUCAAGGCCGAGCGCCGAAGGCGCUGCUCGAUGUCGAGCCUGAUCAAGAAGUCGAUCUCAACCUAGACCCACACAAGGGCGAGAACUAUGUCGCACCGAAGCCGAAGUACAAGCCCUUCGGUGGAUCAGGCCAGCGUCUUGGUUCUCCAACGCCUGGCAUCGCUUCUUCGUCAACUCAUGCUGCAGCACCCAGCAGCUCCGGCGCCGCAACUUCAGCACCUGCCGAAGCUCCGGAGAACACUGUCGAUGAGUCGCAACCAACACUACAAAUACAAGUCCGCCUCGGUGAUGGCACGAGGCUUUCCAGUCGCUUCAACACCACGCAGACUAUUGGAGAUGUCUACGAAUUCGUCACGGCUGCUCAACCAAAUGCACGGCCCUGGGUCCUCCAGACUACCUUCCCUCCGCAAGAGCUUACGGACAAAACAAAAGUGCUUGGCGAAAUGAACGAUUUCAAGAGAGGUGGCGUUGUCGUUCAAAAGUGGAAAUAG